CCUAGGCCACCGCACGUCUUCGUACGACUCGAAGAGCGGGUGGCGCGGAGGAGGUGAACGACAGCGCAGUCGACUAUCUGCUCCGGCACGGAGUCGCUCGUACACCUUUUCCUCUCGCUGCUCGUUCGUGUCUCCGCCGCAAGGACCGGCGUCCUUAAGCGACGCGACGCGCGAGGAACAUCGUCAUUUUUUUUCAAGAACCAACGGGGUCAAUUCUCGAUUCGUUUCUCAGGUAUCGAGUAGUUGGACUUGAAACGCAAAGCUAGUGAGAUAGGAGGAAGACGGAGGAGCAAAUGGAAAGGGAGCGAAGAAGAACUUUCGAUUAAAAUCGCAAGAAAAUUCAUCGUUUGGAAAGUUUUGAGGCAGAAUGCGGUAAAAGAAAAUAGCAACCGCGACAGAGAAGCCUUCGAAGGCUUCAGGCCGCCGCAGCGAUGCUGUUGCCGGCUGAUAUGCUGUCGGCCCAAUCCAAGAUGGUGUACCAAAUCAACAAGUACUUCGGAGAACGCGUGAUGACUAGAAAGAGUCAGGUGAUGAAGACGAUUCAAGAAGUGUGUCGCGUGGUUCAAGACGUUCUGAAGGAAGUCGAGGUACAGGAGCCGAGGUUCAUCUCCUCUUUGACCGACUACAAUGGUCGCUUCGACGGUCUGGACGUGAUAUCUCCGACGGAAUUCGAGAUCGUGAUCUACCUAAAUCAAAUGGGGGUACUGAAUUUCGUAGACGAUGGAACAUUGCCGGGAUGCGCGGUGUUGAAGCUCAGCGACGGUCGAAAGCGAUCCAUGUCCCUCUGGGUGGAGUUCAUCACCGCGUCCGGCUACCUGUCCGCCCGGAAAAUCCGUUCGAGAUUUCAAACUCUGGUAGCACAGGCUUGUGAUAAGUGUGCCUACAGGGACUCGGUAAAAAUGAUAGCAGAUACAACAGAAGUGAAACUUCGAAUCAGAGAGCGGUACGUGGUACAAAUUACGCCAGCGUUCAAAUGCGCUGGUCUGUGGCCCAGGUCAGCUUCUCACUGGCCCAUCGCACAUAUACCUUGGCCACAUCCUAAUAUCGUGGCUGAAGUGAAGACAGAAGGCUUCGACAUGUUGUCGAAGGAGUGCAUUGGUUUGCAAGGGAAACAGUCCGCUAUGGAGGGCGACGCCUGGGCGUUAUCGUUCAUAGACGCGGAGAAUCGUUUGCUUCAGGGUGGCAGUAGAAAGCGUUGUUUAAGCAUUUUGAAAACUCUCAGGGACAGACAUCUCGAUCUACCUGGGAACCCGGUUACCAGCUAUCAUAUGAAAACCUUAUUAUUGUACGAGUGCGAGAAACACCCGCACGAAGCAGAAUGGGACGAAACGUGCAUAGCAGAUCGAAUUAAUGGCAUUCUUUUGCAACUGAUCUCCUGUCUGCAGUGUCGCAGAUGCCCACAUUAUUUUUUGCCAAACUUGGAUCUAUUUAAGGGCAAGUCGCCUAGUGGUUUAGAGAACGCGGCGAAGCAAGUGUGGAGACUCACCAGGGAACUAUUAACAAAUAGUCGAGCUCUGGAAAAGCUGUAGCGAAGAAAAAUUCUGAUGUGUAUGGAUCACCAAGAGCGAGGGAGUAUUUGCUAUUUCGAGCUCUAUGAAUUAAUCAAAGGAGCGAUCGAAUGAAACGCUGAGAUCAAAGAAGAUCGUUUUCCAUUCAGCGAUCUUAUAUAUUGGAAACGCGAGUUGAAAUGGAAACCUAAACUUCUGGACACCGCCGGAAGAAUUUUCAAGAAGCUGCUCGGCCAUUAUAGAGAGUUUGAAUCUCGUUUGCAAGUUGCGCUGUGUGUGCUCGAAAGAGAAAAUACGCGUGUGUGAUUUUGUGAUUCACGAAGCCCGAGGACGAUCGAACCAGUGCCAUAAAUACGCCGAGAGUCUCCGUUUUAGUUUCGAGUCGCCGCGCCGACGGCAGCUAUGUUGAAUUACGAUACUCGAACGAUACCUAACUCUUAACCGGUGUUACUCGAUUUGUUGCUCCAUUCCGUUGUUAUAUCGUUUCGUUUUAAUUAAAAUAUGUUAAAGGCACCGUCGAACAUUCGAGGAAGAAACAAGUGAUUCGACGUAAAUCUAAAAUUAUUUAUGAUUAUAAAUGAAGUUACGAAUGAAAAAUUACGGCAGAGUCAUCGGUUACGGGUUAUGCUUAAUUUCCUUCUCUGAUCGAACUGUCCCUUUUCUCCUGUCAUUAUGUACAUACUAUUUGAAAGAUAUUUAUUGAAAGUGUACACGAGGUAUGUGAAAUACAAUGCUAUUUAUAUGGAACCGUA